AGCACAUACUACCAUCCUUUGUUAUCGCUGUCCCUACCUCUAUAAUGAAUUAAGAAAUAUUAGCUAUAAUGACGGAAAUAUUAAGGUUAUUAAAAAGCCUAAAGUCUUGGUAAAAGUUUUUGACAUCAUUAUUAG